AUGGUUUCGGGGGACUGCUGCGAAACACCAGGGGCCCCAAGGCUGCGCGUCCUCCAGCGUCCUCGCUUCUCCACUCCGGGCGCCCACACGCCGGCCGGGGCCCACCUGGUCCUCGACCCGAAGGCCUCCGGGUGCCCGGCCAUGGACCUCGCCAGCGGCCUGCGGGAGCGGCUGCGGCAGUUCUGGGCCGACCACUUCUCGCAGCGCUUCUCGCCCCGGCGCCCGCCGCUGCGCCGCGUGUCCUCCAUGUCCACCUUCUACCUGCUGGACCACCGCACGCGCCACGCGGAGCUGGGGCUCGGCUACGGCGCGCCGCGCACGCGCCUCGGCGACCGGGCGUUCGUGUUCCGCAGCGGCCGCUGGGCCGCCGAGGGCCCGCCGGGGCGGCUGAGGCCGGUGCUGCCCUCGCCGGCCUCGGCGGGCCGGAAGGCGCAGGUGCAGCCCGGCAGCCAGGUGCUGCUGGAGGAGAACAACUACCUGCGGCUGCAGCAGGAGGUGCUCAUGGACAUGCUCACCGAGACCACGGCGCGCAUGCACCUGCUGGAGCAGGCGGACGAGGCCCGCCAGCCGGCCGCGCGCCCGGCCCAGGACGCGGCGCAGGCGCGAGGGGGCGGGCGGCGGCCUCACCCGCGAGUCCUGGCGACACAAUAAAGCCGGUGCGGGCGGCUCCCGCGCGCCUCCCCUCCCAGCCGCCCGGCGCGUUUGUGGAGCCCCGCGCGAGGGGCCCGGGCGCCCGCGGACCGGCCUCUGGAGCCCGGGGUGGACAGAAAAUCGGGGAGACUUGGCCUCCCGGGACCUUCAUGUCCAGCAGCAGCUGUGUGGAGCCGAAUGUGCCGUCGCCUCCUGGUCAGCUGCACUCCUUUCCCUUCAGUCGCUCUGAUUUGGAUCUUGCUCUGGAGCCGUUGUUAGACCGUGUUCUCUCCCAGGAUGUGGGGGAGUCCACUCCCCCAACACACACACACAUUAUAUAAGGCGCUGCAUGGAGUGAAUUGCACUUGUGAGUGACGUCGCAGUGCAACGAAGGUGAUGACACUGGUCCUUGCAAUCUGCAGCCUCUCUCCUGGAACAGGGACGGGCUGUUUUGGUUUCCUCCAGAAAUCUGAGUCCUAGGAGUCUGGCCCAUUUCCCUAGAGCAGUGGUUCUCCACCUUCCUAAUGCCGCGGCCCUUUAAUACAGUUCCUCAUGUUGUGGUGACCCUCACCCAUAAAAUUAUUUUC